AUGUGGGGUUCAAAUCCGAAUAAUUCAAUCAUUUAUACAGAACCUGACUUCCCAUAUCUUCAAGUGCUGGCUCCUUUCCAACCCUUGUCCAUGAAGGCAUUCUAUUGUCCCAUCGAUACGUCACUGAACUAUCAACAAGCAAACAAGCUGAUUAAGGAACUAAAACCUAGUGUCUUGGUUAUUCCUGAAAACUAUACAAAACCGCAUCCAAUUGCUCCACAACUUUAUAUUGAACAACCGAAAUGUGUUAAAUCUCGUUUGUUCGUCCAUUCGUUCAUUCGUUGGUCGCUCUCAUGUGCAAAGUCCUUUGCAUCUGAAUUAGCAUCAAAAAUUGUUUCUCGUGAAAUAACUCCCGGUGUGACAAUAUCCACAUUAACUGGAAUUCCUGAAGUCGAAGAUAAAGUACAUAAUAUUGCUCCAUGUGAUGAUGAAUCGGAUAGUAAAGCAAAUACAAGUGCUGGCACAACUCUACAUCUACCUAAACGUGAAGAAGUUCUAAAGAAAGUUAAAUAUGAAUAUAAAUGUGUUAAAUCUCGUUUGUUCGUCCAUUCGUUCAUUCGUUGGUCGCUCUCAUGUGCAAAGUCCUUUGCAUCUGAAUUAGCAUCAAAAAUUGUUUCUCGUGAAAUAACUCCCGGUGUGACAAUAUCCACAUUAACUGGAAUUCCUGAAGUCGAAGAUAAAGUACAUAAUAUUGCUCCAUGUGAUGAUGAAUCGGAUAGUAAAGCAAAUACAAGUACUGGCACAACUCUACAUCCACCUAAACGUGAAGAAGUUCUAAAGAAAGUUAAAUAUGAAUAUGUAGGAGUCGAUAUAGAUUUGUUUAUGAAGAAAUUGGCGCAAGAUGAAAUAACAGAUAUUAAAACAGAACGAAUUGGAGGUGUAUUAACGAUAAGCAUACCAAGUGAAGAUACGAUAAUUAAAAUUGAUGAAAACUCAACGCAUAUUGUGUGUGGGGGUAAGCAGUCGUUGAGACUGAAAUUGAGAGAUUCCUUAAUGAAAUGUGUGCAGCAGCAAUAUGCACAUCCUCAAAAACCACCCGGCCGAGUGCACCACAUGCAAACUCAAUUUACAUUGGGAAAAAAACCAACACCUUUACCCGAAGGUACACCAAUGCAUCCGGAUGUGAUGCGAAUGACUGGGAAUCGACAGCAGAGAAAAACGAAUCAGUAGGAGGUAUCAACAAAGGAAUCAACCGUGUAUUCACUAAGUGGAGGGAAUACUGGACUUCCAUAGGUUCACCAACAGCAGCAGCAACAACAAAUGAAAAGAUUUAUUUUAUUUAAUAUUUAUUUUAAUAUUGUAUUUAUUGUAAUUUCUUUUGUUAAAAAAACAUUAAAAUUA